AUGAGCAAGUUUCCACCCGCUGAACGUGGUAUGAUUCUGAUAGGGGCCUUAUCGCCGGAAACUAUCUAUCCUGCUACUGCUGCUACUGUAGCUUACAACUGGAACAUUACCUGGACGAGUGCAAACCCUGAUGAUGCCUUCGUCCGGCCAGGGAUUGGUGUCAAUGGUCAAUGGCCGCCUCCCCAGAUCGAAGCCAACUUCGGGGACGACAUUGUCGUGACGGUGCUGAAUCUUCUCGGGAAUCAAUCAACAUCGCUCCAUUUUCAUGGUCUCUUCAUGAAUGGCACCACUCACAUGGAUGGACCAGCGCAAGUCUCACAGUGUUCCAUCCCUCCUGGAUCAUCUUUUACCUACCGCUUCAAGGCAGCGCAAGUAGGCACUUUUUGGUACCAUUCACAUGUCAAGGGACAAUAUGUGGACGGGCUGAGGGGCUCACUGAUCAUCCAUGACCCCGAAAAUCCUUUUCGAGGAGACUUCGAUGAUGAAAUCCUUCUCUCUGUCUCUGACUGGUACCACCAAGAAAUGGCCGUCCUUCUACCAGAGUACAGACAUGGAAACGGCAUGAUGUCCAGGGAGCCUGUACCUGACGCCAAUCUUCUCAACGAUACCCAGAAUCUUCAGGUACCUGUUGCCCCCGAGCAGACCUAUCUAGUUCGUAUCGUCAACGUGGGCGCUUUUGCGGGCCAAUACUUUUGGAUAGAGGGCCAUACAAUGACCAUAGUUGAGCUUGACGGAUCAUACACUCAGCCGACAACCGCUGAGAUGAUCUACCUUGCAUCAGGCCAACGCUGCAGUUUUCUUUUGACAACCAAGUCUGAAGUGAGCCGGAAUUACCCGCUUAUGGCCUCUAUGGAUCGAAGCCUAUUCAUGAAGGCAGAUCAUGUCAAUGCCAACGUUACGGGAUGGUUGGUGUACAACUCAAGCCAACCGCUUUUGUCGGCCUCUCAGAUUGACGAGUUUGCUCCAAUCGAUGACAUGACCAUCAUUCCCUAUGAUCAGACGCCUUUGCUACGCAAGCCAGAUCAAAGCAUACGACUGAAUAUAAACAUGAAACAUGCGAAUGGUGGCUCUUACUAUUUCUUUAACGACAUUGCCUAUGCGUCGCCGGAAGUCCCAACCUUGUACACGGCGCUGACAAGUGGUGAUUCGGCGGCACACUUCGCCACAUACGGAAUGUCUUCCAAUCCCUGGGUGCUCGAACGCGACCAAGUGAUUGAAGUCAUCUUGUACAAUCGGCAUAUGACGAACCAUCCUGUUCAUUUACACGGACACCAUUUCCAGGCCGUCUGGCGCUCGGCACCUGGUGCUGGAGACUUCUCAUCCUCGACCGUGACCGAUGAUGCAUUCAUCCAGCUCCCUGUCCAACGUGAUACCAUAGUGGUUCCGAAUGGCGGCAGCGUGGUUAUAAGAUUUCGAGCUGAUAAUCCUGGGGUUUGGCUUCUGCACUGCCAUAUGGAGUGGCACGCCGAGACUGGACUGGCAGCUACGUUCAUUGAAGCACCUCUAGAUCUUCAGCACCAACAGCAGCUUCAAAACAUCACACUCGAACAAGUGACGCUCUGCACUGCAGCGGGCACCGAGCUGCCCAAUGUGGCAGAAGGCAAAACUCACAACCACAUCGAAAACGAAGAACCCAUCACGGAUGAUGAUACGAUACACAGACAAAAGGCACCAAGGUACGCCGACUGA